CUAUGCUCCAUGGUCAAGAUUAAUGGUGUACAGGCCUUUGUGAUGGUCGAUAGCGAAAGUACUGCCGAUGCUCUGAGUCCGAAUUUUGUUCAGAUAACACAUAGACAGCCCUUCGGGCUGGAAAAUUCGCUAACACCGCAACUCAGGUGUACUGCACCACAUCGAUUAUACAAUGGGAACAAUGGAGACAUCCAAGACAAGGAUUACUUCAAUGUUGCUAACAUUGAUUGUUAUGAUGCUGUGCUUGGAACCAUGUUCAUGCGAAAGCAUGGAAUGGCCUUAGAUUUCAAAAACAACACUAUCAGAUUGCAUGGAAAACCAAUCCCCACACUUACCGACGGUGAGGAGAACCGCGGAAUCGCGCAGUGA